AUGCGGUGGUGCUCGGUGCUGCUGUGGCUGCUCGUGCUCCGGCUCGGACUGCACGCCCUGCGCGGGCUCCUCCCCCCGGGCUCACUGCGGGGAGCGGCGCAGGGGGUCUCCUCCGUGUGCCGGGCCACCUACGGUCGCUUCUUCGUGGGCCCCGGGGAUGAGUACGGCCGCCGGUACAGCUCGUUCCCCGCCGGGCUCCGCCUGGAGAUGCGGGAGAUGGCGCGGAGCAUGUUCGCCUUCGGCUACGACAACUACAUGAAGCACGCCUUCCCGGAGGACGAGCUCAACCCCAUCCUGUGCCAGGGCCGGGGACCGGACACACUAAACCCGUAAGUACCCGCCCUCUGUGCCAGUACCCACCGCCCUCUGUGCCAGUACCCACCGCCCUCUGUGCCAGUACCCACCGCCCUCUGUGCCAGUACCCACCGCCGCCUGUGCCCGUACCCACCCUCUGUGCCAGUACCCGCCGCCCUCUGUGCCAGUACUUACCGUCUGUGCCAGUACCCGCCGCCCUCUGUGCCAGUACCCACCGCCCUCUGUGCCAGUACUUACCGUCUGUGCCAGUACCCACCGCCCUCUGUGCCAGUACCCACCGCCCUCUGUGCCAGUACCCACCGCCCUCUGUGCCCGUACCCACCGCCCUCUGUGCCCGUACCCACCCUCUGUGCCAGUACCCGCCCCUCUGUGCCCUGCCAGUACUUACCGUCUGUGCCAGUACCCGCCGCCCUCUGUGCCAGUACUUACCGUCUGUGCCAGUACCCGCCGCCCUCUGUGCCGUCUACCGUCUGUGCCAGUACCCCCGCCCUCUGUGCCACUGUCUGUGCCAGGUACCCACCGCCCUCUGUGCCCGUACCCGCCGCCUGUGCCAGUACUUACCCUCUGUGCCAGUACCCGCCGCCCUCUGUGCCAGUACUUACCGUCUGUGCCAGUACUUACCGUCUGUGCCAGUACCCGCCCUCUGUGCCAGUACUUACCGUCUGUGCCAGUACUUACCGUCUGUGCCAGUACCCGCCGCCCUCUGUGCCAGUACCCACCGCCCUCUGUGCCAGUACCCACCCUCUGUGCCAGUACUUACCGUCUGUGCCAGUACCCGCCGCCUGUGCCAGUACUUACCCUCUGUGCCAGUACCCGCCGCCUGUGCCAGUACUUACCCUCUGUGCCAGUACCCGCCGCCUGUGCCAGUACCCGCCGGUACUAAUAUAUAAUACAUAAUGGGACUAUGGGAGCUGCAGUCAGCAGCAACUGGUGUGUCACAUAGUGUUUCACUGUACACCGUUAGUGGUUUGGAUGUUCCUGCUUGUGGUUUCCUGCUGUGCCAUGUUUGCACACCAUCUUUACCGGUGUGUGGUUAGUAUGACUGUUAUGUUUGUGGAUAUACUGUUAUAUGUUUACACAAAUAUGGUGUAUGCGUAUUAUGUUUGCACUACAAACACAAAAUUCAUACACGGUUUUGUUUAUACUAUGAGCAGCCACGGUUACCUGAAAGGUAGCUGUCUGCUUGAUAAUACCAUAUGUUUUAAUAGGUCAUAAUGUCAGUGAUUCUGAAUUAUUUUUUGGCCCCUUCAUUUAAAAAUAUGCACCACCCUAAUCUACAGUAUGUAUUCCGAAUUUAGAGUAUUAUAGGCAUAAUGCUCCUGUGACCCAUAAACUAGUACAAGUACAGAUACAAUGCUUCCUAAACUUAGUACAUUGAAGACAUUUCUUUCUUAAUAGUUAAGUUUCUGCGUAUUUUUUAAACUUUUUUAUUAAAUGGAUCUGGAAUCUUCCUGGGUGUUUUGUAUAUUUUGCAAAGAUCCCUGAUGGUGACUUUGCUGCUUGGAGAGCAGUGGCCUGGGAGUGCAGCAAGGGUGAGUUGUGCCCACUUCGUGCUCUAUGCUACGUGUGGCGUCAUCUUUAGUCUUCAACUCCUUGCACUUCAUCCACCGUUAACCAUUGUCACUAAUGUCCCCUCGGACAUGUGUGAUAUAAUGGAGGAUCCUGCAAGACCACAGGGGCCUCUAUAAAUAUUAUGUCGCAAUGAGCAAGACAAUGUCUUAUUUUCACAGUUGUUGCUAGUGGCGACUGUGAAGAAAUGAAACUUGAUGGCAGUAUCGCCACAUUUUGACAAGGUAAAAUUUUAUUAUAAGACAAUGUAUUCCCUAAUUUGUCCUUUUAUCUUUUGACUGUAUUGUAAUUUCAAUGCAUUUCCAAUGCAGUCUUUAUUAUCAUGUCAUAAAGGUCUUAUCUUUAUUAAAUGCUCACAAUUUUUGGGGUUUGACAGAGCUGAAUUAAAUUGACUAUUUGUGAAAAUAAUUAAGUGUAUUAAGAAAGUGACAAGGUGGGGGGUGGAUGUGGGGAGAGACGGACAGGAAGCAGUGGGAGAAUGGGUCGAGGCUAAAAUAUCAAAGCUGUGGCUAUAGCGGAGUGGAAAAGUAAGGGAGGGGAGCCCGGCGGUGGAAUAAGGUGAGUUAAUGAAAGGGUUUUAACCCCUUCAGGACCACGGUGGCACCCUCAGUGUACUAUAGUGUCAGGAAAACAGAUUUGUUUUCUUGACACUAUAGUGAUCCUUUAAAAAUUCUUCUGAUUCAUUCAGUUAAGCUUUCUACUACCUCAUUCUUGGAAAAGGGAUAUUUUUUCCCUUUUUGGAAGCUGUUGCUCAUUUUUUAUUAAUUUUUUUUAAAAUUAUUUUUGCAGUGCAUAAUGACAUUACAAACACGCUUGAGGUGCCCCAACAGCAGUCCUCAUGCUAGUCAUUCCGCAUAACAAUUGAGGUAGUGAGAAAAACAUGCACAUUUUUUGUGUAAGUACAGGCUAAGCAGUAUACGUCUAGGUUGACUUUUAAGAGAGCGUUACUAAGCUAAAUAACUCUAAGCAUAGACAUGUUGAUAGAAGUAGGAUACAAUUGCGCUAGUGUGGGAGUCAAUAACCUUCAGGCUGAUCAUGCAUGUGUAAGCGAUAGGUACUGUUAGCUUGUCUACGUGAAAAAGGUAUCUAGGCACACAUGUAGGCUAGUAUUCCCAUAAUAAAUUUUCUCAUAGGUUAGAUCCAUGUCGCUUGUUAGCUAUUGCUAGAGCUCAGAACUGGCACAAAAUUAAACAUAUCUAGGAUGACCAGGUUAACCACUGGGUGCGGCCCCCCCUUGCUCCACUAUAUAUCACACAUGUACUAAGAGUGGCGUGGGAAAAACCUGAAAAUUAAUCACAAAAAGGAGCAUAUAUCUUGAACCAGUCGCUCUGGCGGUACUGCUCCAGGUAAAUGGUGUCUGUCAGCAUGUAUUCGAGCCUUUCAUGUUCUGUGGACCCGUUGCUCCGAUCAUCCGAUCCCCGUGGGUGGCAAGGUUGGUACCCAGUACUUUGCUAUGCCAUAUAUAUACAGAAUGUCUAGCUGAACAUGUAGCAGACCAAGAGAAAGCAAGGGAAGGUCAUUUCUCAUAUGGAGUGAGGAAAGCUUGCUUAUGUGAGUAUAUGUCGGCAGAGUAUCAGGGGUAAUAUCGUUGUUGGUUCCGUGUGGGUCGUAUGUGGGUCAAACUUAGUAAGCCGUGAGCAGAAAUGCUGGCAGCCUCCACUGGGUUCUCUCUGGGGAAAUCAUGUGGUCUCCCGGGUUCUACUGCACUGAGCUGCUGAUCAGGUUAUGCUGCAGGGCUUGCUGGGUCCUCCGUUCCUCCAACCUGAUGGUAUUGUUAGCAGAGUCUUGAUGAGAUGACUGGUUUGGUAUGUGCCACGCUGCCAGCCCCGGGCUCUGCAUGAGUGACCGCUUGUGCCCUCGGUUCUGGUUCCAAGUCUGGAUGUCUGGCUGGUGAAGUGUGCUCAGGCGUGGCGCUGCGGUUCUAGGAACGACAUCUAGCGGCUCAAGGUCCAGGAAAGUUGUAGUGGGAACCAGGUCCAGAACCGUGGGUAUGUAAGUCAGGUAAGCCUAGAGUGUUCUGUGAGGUGCGUUACAGGGCUGUGAUGUGGUGACCAGGCUUUUGAGUAGGGCAGCGGCCGUCUGCCCAGUGUCUUCACCGUGUAGGCCGCAGGCUCCGAAGUUUCGUACCGCUGGGGCAUUGAAACUCCCGAUCUCAGAGUCCAUGGUGGUGCCAACAGUCUCCUGUACACUUCAGUGGGCUAUUCCGCAUGUUUGUCAGCGGUAAGCCCAUAAUUUCUGCCGGGUGAAGGUGAAGUUAGCAGGAGCCUCAGGGACAUGCGACCGGUCAUACCCCGCCCCCGUUGCUGAUUUUUACCUAUCUGUAUAAUGAAAAUGAUCCAUCAGAGAAACCAUGCCAAAUAAUAUCAAACACAACUUUAUGUACCCAUUUAAGACACAAAUUCAGUAGAAUAGUAUGCGGACUGUAGACAAACAUGAAUGUCUGCUUGGUAAGUACUGUGUAAAAUGUCUAUGCUUGGGACAUGCUAGUUAUGGAUGUUAAGGUAAAUGCUGGACACCUGUCACAAUUUAUAGACUGAGAGAUUGUGACCCUAUUAAGACAGAUCUCAAAGUAAAGCCUAUCGGUAAACAUUGUGUCUUCCAAGUUAGCUGUGCUUUGGUCACAGCCUUUGGGGUAUGUUAACACCUUUUGACUGUGUUGUUUCAGUUCUAAUCUAAACAUCAAUGAUGUCCUUGGAAACUAUUCCCUAACCCUGAUUGAUGCCCUGGACACAUUAGCGGUGAGUUAACAGCUGUGACCUCUGUCAAUAACAUUGUAGAGGGCUACGUACAUGUAUGUCAGUCAGGCUUGUAACGCUAGGUCUCCUUAACUACACUGGUGCCCAUAUUUAUGGGCUUAGACAUAUAUGAUGGCAUUGUUAGUAUGACACACUCGAUUGAUGGAUUUUAGAACUGGAGGGGUGUAUGGUAAGAUGAACUGAAAUUCAAAAGUCCAAAUCUGUUUCAAAUGUUUCCUCCCAAUCAGUUUCUUUCAAUUCUGCCCAUAUGAAACCAUUGCUUUAGGGUAAUUGUUUGUUCGUCUUGGCAUUACAUCUGUUUCUGCAUCAUGUUAAAGUUUUUUGUUUUUUUUCCUGUUGAAAACAUUAAACCUUGUCCAAUGAUUUUGUUUCCAAGUAUCAUAUCUAAAAACAGCUUACAAAGCCUUUGCUCGCCAUUGUCUUCUAACCCAGACUGAUUUUCUGUGUGUGUCCCAAUGAGAAGUCUGUGCAAGGCAGGUGCUUUAGGAAAUUGCCUGAUAUGAGCUAAUCAACCAGGAAAAUACAUGACCAGUUGUCGAACAACCUGGGGAUGUAACAAUGUUAAAUUCUAAAAGUACCAGUUUCUCUAGAUACGGAAGUGUCAAUUUAAGACCAGAUCUUUUGGCUAUGUUGUGGCAAGUCCAGGUGUUCAGUCUUAUAGAGUUUGACAUCUCCUUGCUGGGUCAUUUCCUGAGCAGUUGGUGUCACAGCUGCCGGGACUGACAGUUUUUGGUUUUGAUUGUAAUUUUCCUGCUCUAAGACGCACAUUAUAGGUUUGCUGAUCUGUAUGAUAGGAAGGCCAGCACACAGUAAUUCUUCUUGCUGUAGUAGAAAACCAACCCACUAAGUGUUAAAGCGCACAGCGAGUACAUUUUUUUUUUUUACCUUUUUAAAAACAAUGAGGAAGGUAUUGUAACAUACAUUCCGAUAAGAGAACCCUCCUAAACUGGCGAAACAUUAACCCCUCUGGAAUUUCAAAGAUGAAGAUUUGCCAGAAUUACCACAAUCAGUAUAAACACCACAAUUAAAAUAUUCCGUAAAACCACACGUUGAUGGGAAAACUGGGUUACCGAUGGUAGGCUGCAAUGCCAUGAGCCAAAAAAAAAAAAGGCAGGAAAAAAACAAUUCUGGCCAUAGACUGCUUUAUCGGUCAGUUGCUCUUUGGGUCUGGGAUUCACAUGUCACCUUUUUCUCAGUUUGACCCGGGGAGGUCAGUAGUGGCAAAGCUGAAUUGACUGGCAACUUCCGUGUGGAGAGUGUAAAGCCACUAUUGGAGGAGGAGGCAAUGCUUAACUUCAUGACAACCCCUCCCCGGGGCAAAGUGAGAAAAAGGUGACAUGGAUAUCAGACCCAAAGAGCAACUGACAGAGAAAGGUGUCUAUGGCCAGAAUUAAUUUUUCCUGGCUCAUAGCAUUGCAGCCUGCCAUCAGUAACCCAGUUUUCCCAUCAACGCUGUUAAGACAGACAGCUUGGUGUUUAUAUGGAUUGUGGUAAUUCUGGCAAAUCUUCAUCUUUGGAGUUCCAAAAGGGUUAACGUUUUGCAAGUUUAGGAGGGUCCUCUUAUCUGAAUGUAUGUUACAAGACCCUCCUCAUUGUUUUUAAAAGGUAAAAAAAUGUAAGCACUGUGUGAGCUUUUUUUUUUUUUUCUUGGUUUGGUUUUCUACUAUUUUUGUUAAGUGUACAAGGUGUACACUUUAAGUUGUUUUAGGCUGCACUUGCUUAUUAUAAGAGCACCACAUAUCCCUUUAAAAGUUUUUUGUAUUUUUCAUGCUAUGGUGUUCUAGCAGUAUUGAAUAAGGCAAGCGGUGUUCCUUUUUCCACCUGGCCUCUUUCCUUUUUAUAGUGUGCUUUACAUCUUCUUGGUUUAUUAUGCCACAACACAGUUAUACUGCCUUGGAAUGGAAUAACUAUAGGCCAAGUUUAAGGGCUAUCUGGUCGACCACAACUCAGAGAGCCCAGUGAGAUUCACGUUUGUGGUUUAGAAGACAGUUUGUCAGAUGAAAAUUGUUGAGCAGCGGGCUGAUCUGUCUAAAAGUUUCAACGCUAGCUGAUUUCUAUUUAAAACUUCUUUCUCUGUUGCAGGUAAUGGGAAAUGCCACAGAGUUCCAGAAAGCUGUGCGUCUGGUCAUUGACACUGUUUCUUUCGAUAAAGAUUCCACUGUGCAAGUGUUUGAGGCAACCAUUAGGUAUGUAGUACUCAAUCAUUGUUAUAGGGUAGAGCCAUAAGUAUGUCUUCAUUAUGUAAUUUUAGGGGUUGAGAGAGAAAAUAACCACUUGUAACAUCUGCUUUUCUUAUUGUCAUAUUAUCAGGAUUAUGGGUAGCUUGCUUUCUGCCCACAUCAUACUAACAGACACUAAGCAGCCUUUUGGCAACAUGACACUCAAUGGGUAUGAUAAUGAACUCCUUCACAUGGCCCACGAUCUUGCUGUCAGACUUCUUCCUGCUUUUGAGAACACCAGGACAGGCAUGCCCUACCCUAGAGUAAGUUAAGUGAAUUUUGACAUCAAACUUAUAAAUGUACACGUGCUAACUGCACAAUGCAUAACUUCUGGACUGGAAAUUAGUUUACCACUGCUAUUUUUCCGUUCCCACUAAAUUCGGAAUUCUAACAUAUUACAUUCAAAUUGCACAAGUAAGGCUAAAUUAGUCAAACUGUGCAUGUAGCAGAGAUGAGGACUUUUUCCAAUUUUGCAAUAUAGAUUGAAUUCAUUUAAAUUUGUAAAGAGAGGCAAGAACUACUAAUUGCCCUGGUCUAGGGGGGUCUGUCUAUUAAAACUUUUAAUCAAAAUUGGUUUAGGAAAAUAUACAAUGAUAUGACCUAAGGGAAUCAGUAAUCAACUUAAAGUUGAUGUGCAUAAUUAUAAAUCACAACUAUUGCACUUAUAGACCGUGAUAGACGGAAUCAGUAAUCAACAUAAAGUUGAAUAAUCAAUAUAUUUGAACACAAAACACGAAUAUAGAAAAGUUGAUGGAGGUAGAGCUAUAUAUAGCAGUAGAUAGUCAUGAAAUGUAUCACUUUAUCCAACAGAGUAAAAAUGUGACCACAGUCAAAAAGAUAGCUACAUUGUAUAUUUGUAUACUGCCGUAAUGCUUGCCAGGGAGGAGCCUCAAAUAAGCAGUGCUCAGUACCUAAAUACAACUUGUAAAAUACGAACAAGAUAUGUUGGGUUGGAAGUAUAAAAGAAUAGCUUGGGGAAAAAAGAAACUGAAGCAUAAAAAUAGAGAUGAAAAAUAUAUCAAUGAUCUGCCCUUCAUGGGCACCUAUGGAGGCUAUAUACAUAUACAAUGUAGCUAUCUUUUUGACUGUGGUCACAUUUUUACUCUGUUGGAUAAAGUGAUACAUUUCAUGACUAUCUACUGUUAUAUAUAACUCUACCUCCAUCAACUUUUCUAUAUUUGUUUUGGGUUCAAAUAUAUUGAUUAUUCAUCUUUGUUAAAGGAACACUCCAGGCACCCAGACCGCGGUCUGGGUGCCAACUCCCAUUACCCUUACUCUUUUUUAUAAACUGCAAUAAUUACCCUGCAGGGUUAACUCCACCUCUAGUGGCUUUCCUAUGGGGAGACCUAAUGCACGUGCGCGGAAUUGCAGCGCAUGCGCAUUAGAUAUCCUCAGCUGGCGGUCGGGAUAAGUCUCGCCCACUGGCUGACGUAAUUACUGGGAGGAGCGACGCUGACCCGAAACCACCCCCGAGGGACAUCUGCGGGGUCUCAGGUAAGUGACCUGAAGGGGUUUUCACCCCUUCAGCUACCUGGGAUGGGAGGUGGGAGGAAGAGGGGACCUGCAGUGCCAGGAAAACUGAUUGUUUUCCUGGCACUGGAGUUUCCCUUUAAUUACUGAUUCUGUCUAUCACUGUCUAUAAGUGCAAUACUUGUGAUUUAUAAUUAUGCACAUCAACUUUAAGUUGAUUAAUGAUUCUCUUAGGUCAUAUCAUUGUAUAUUUUCCUAAACCAAUUUUGAUUAAAAGUCUAAUAAAAGUGAAGUUUUUAUAGACCUACCCCCCUUGACCAGGGCAAUUAGUCGUUCUUUCCUCUCUUUACAUUACUUACCUGGGUUCAUGCCCUGUUCUUUUUGCCCCGAAUAUCUAUACUCUGAUCACUCCCGUUUUUUUCCAAUUUUUUUUCUCAUUUAAAUUUGUAGUGACGAGAAUAAGCCUGUCUAUGAUGUUUUUAUGUUACACAAAAUUGAAUAGGUUAUUGCCUGAACAUUCUUGGCUGUAUAUGAAAUUAUUUCACCAUUUAUUGUGUUUGUCCAUCAUUUGUUCUAUCGCCAAAAUAAAUAGCCAGAAAUAUGACUUGGGUAGCUGCCAUACAAUGUGUAAUUGAUGUGGCAUGCUUGCUUUAACAAACAUUGACAAAACUGGGUGGCAAGCAGCUAGCAUUUGUCUUACAUUCCUCCCAUUUACAGGUGAAUCUUCUGAAAGGGGUCCCUCCAGAUAGUCUCAAUCACACGUGCACUGCUGGUGCUGGUUCUCUGUUGGUAGAGUUUGGCAUCCUCAGCCGACUUUUGGGAGACUCAACGUUUGAAUGGGUUGCCCGCCGAGCUGUCCGUGCACUUUGGAGCUUGAGGAGCAAUGACACUGGUCUACUAGGUAAGAAGAAGUCAUGUUGUGUGUUUCUCAGUUUUCUGGAUAAUAUAUCCACAUUUCCUCACCCUGUCUCUUCUUCCUUUGAUUACAGGGAACGUAGUGGACAUUCAGACCGGAGAUUGGGUUGGGAAGCAGAGUGGAUUAGGUGCUGGGCUGGAUUCCUUCUUUGAGUACUUGCUGAAGUCUUACAUUUUGUUUGGGGAGGAAAAAGAUCUAGACAUGUUUAAUGAGGCCUACAAAAGUAUCCGGAGCCAUCUCAGGAGAGGGUAUGUGGUUUCUUUAUAGGUUCUAGGGGCAAUAAUGGAAAACAAGGGUGUCCUGAAUUUUAAAAUUAAAUAAUAUCUUAAGGAGUCCAUAUGUCCUGCUGCUAGCAUGGAAAACUUAUACUUCUUAAAUUGUGUAUGAAUUAAUGCAAAGUUUUCAGUACAUCAUAGAAAAUUCCUAAUUGCCUCCUCUAGUUUAAUAUUGAAAUUAAAAGUGCUUUAUAUAUUGUGCUCAGUAUCUGUUUGUCUGUUGAAACAAUGUUUACUAGCUCUGUGGGGCUUUUAGCAUAAAUCUAUGGAUAAUAGACCCAUUCUGAUGAUAUCCCAAUUGCUAUAGGGGUAAGUUUUGGUUCCAGUAGUCAUCUGAAAGUUAGGUAUAGGUCUGUGCUUACCACCUGACGUUGUUCAGAAUAUUAUAUUUAAGUUGUUAAUUUUAUGGUUAUUCAUCUCUGCAGGUUUCUGUUAUCUGAUCAGAAGGUCUGUAGGGUGUGAGCAGAUGUUAUUUAAUCAUUUUUAAUGUGAGCCAGACUUUGGACAUUAGAUGACAAUAAAGGUGUUUGUCCAGACGAGUGUGAUGAAUAACUACUGGGACCCUCUCCAACUGCUUAGGUCAGAAAGGGGCCAAAGUAAUAAUCCUGAAAAAGGUAUUAAAACUUCUCCAAUUACAAUUUGCCAUCCAUUUGGAGACCGUUUCAUGGCAUACAUUUUCAUAUUUCGCCAUCAUACUGCGCUGCCUAAAAUCUAACACUAGAAUGUAUCAUCUAUGAACUAAAAUAAUUUUAUAUGUAAAGAAAAGCUUUAAGAAAUGUAAUUCUAUAUAUUUGUUUCAAAAGUGACUGGUGUUUGACAAAUGUGAGCACAUUGCUGUUCCCUCUAACCUUUAAUCAUUGCAGUUACCUACAUCACGAGAUAGGGAGAAUCUGGUUUCAUCUGUAGUUGUCAACUUAUGAAUCGUAAAAGUAAUGCAAACCCCCCCAAAAUCAAACUUAUAAGCUCUUACGCAAUCACCGAGAGCCAAUACUUCCUAAUGCUUACGGUCUGCUCAAUACGGUGCCGAGGGGAAAAGGGAGAAAUCAAUGUGGACUUGUAUAUGUAGAUGUUAAACUGUUGAAAAAUGGUUUAACACUUAAAAAUAAGACUCCAGCCCUCAAAACAAUUUAAUUGAAAGGAAGUUGCUUUGAGGGAUGAGAGUUCCAUUAAGUCCCAAGUGGAUGGAAUGCUUCAGGUGUGUAACACCAUAGAACCUCUGUCUGUGUGACGCCCUUUACAUGUGUGUGUUUUUUUUUUUUUAUUGAUACAAAUGCCUUCUGUGUCUGUAUUGGAAACUUACAAUUGGUAAUUUCUAAAUUGAAAUUCUUAGUUUCAUUUUCCAAACACCUGUCACUUUUGCCACAAGUAAGUGCAUGCAUAAAUAUAAAUGAUACAUGUGUAUGUUCUUACAAAACAUUCUUAAUGGGUAAUUUUUUUUUCAUGGUCGGCUCGUUAGUCAGAUUCUUAAGUCCUACCAGACUACAUUGAUGAUAUCUAAAUUGUAUUCUUUCUUGUCCUCAGGCGGAAAGCGUGUAACGAAGGUGAAGGAGAUCCACCUCUCUAUGUCAAUGUUAACAUGCUAAAUGGACAAAUCAUGAAUACAUGGAUAGAUUCUCUACAAGCUUUCUUUCCUGGUCUUCAGGUAUAUUAUAUCUCCUUCUGGCAAAUCCACUACACGAUACAAUAACUUUGUUUUUCAUUAUUAUUGUGGUGUUUGCAAUCCCAAAUAAACAGGACUGUCUUGCCAUCGUUCUUAAUCUUAAGGCUGACAAUCACAUUCUUAACAUAGAAACAUAGAAUGUGACGGCAGAUAAGAACCAUUCGGCCCAUCUAGUCUGCCCAAUUUUCGAAAUACUUUCUUUGGUCCCUAGCUUUAUCUUAUAGUUAGAAUAGUCUUAUGCCUAUCCCAUGCAUGCUUAAACUCCUUUACUGUGUUAACCUCUACCACUUUAGCUGGAAGGCUAUUCCAUGCAUCCACUGCCCUCUCAGUAAAGUAAUACUUCCUGAUAUUAUUUUUAAACCUUUGUCCCUCUAAUUUAAGACUGUCCUCUUGUUGUGGUUGUUUUUCUUCUUUUAAAUAUAGUCUCCUCUGUUGGUAAGCUGGUGUUUUAUAAGGUUUAUAUUGUUUCAGGUCUUAAAAGGAGAUAUAGAGGAUGCAAUUUGUCUGCAUGCUUUUUACUAUGCCAUCUGGAAGCGAUAUGGAGCUCUGCCUGAAAGAUACAACUGGCAGCUACAAGCCCCUGAUGUCUCUUUUUAUCCCCUUAGACCAGAGCUGGUGGAGUCCACUUAUCUCUUAUACCAGGUUGGUAAUCUUUGCACUUUUUCAUCCUAUACUAUUCUGUCCUCUACCAUCUUAUUUCAAUAUAUGUGAUGUAUAUGUAUGUUUGUUUAUUCUCUUAUCUUUUGUAGGCCACCAAAAAUCCAUUCUACCUCCAUGUUGGCAUGGAUAUAUUGCAAAGCUUGGAAAAACAUGCAAAAGCCAAGUGAGUUCACUUAGUGGGGGAAACACGUAUAUAUGGAUGUUCCUGGUCCUUUGUUCUGAUUAUCCACUUUCUUCCUUCAGGUGUGGUUAUGCCACUUUGCAUCAUGUAGUGGAUAAGUCUCAGGAGGAUCGAAUGGAGAGCUUUUUUCUGAGUGAAACGUGCAAAUAUCUAUACUUGGUAAGUUUGGUGUCUUCCAUGUGUUCCAAAUCAAGCCACUUUUGUGCUAAUGCACAGCUGGCUUUCUCUUACUUCAUAUAAUCCAGAAUGUAUGUCCCCACCUAACACGCAUCUAGACCAGAAUGGACAAGCCUCAAUAUACCGCUGUUAAAAAAAAUUUAGUCUAGCAAUCACUAGAUGGCAAAGGCUGUGUGUUCCUGAUCUAGCUCCUCCAAGUGAUGCAUCUUGAAGCAAUCCGAAAUUUUACCAGUGCCAGUGUUUUCCCAGCUUCCGUUUGUUCUUCUUUAAUCUAAUAUUGUUUUAGCUUCAUCUCUCCUUGUGUUUGAAGCUGUUGAUGUUUUCCCACACUUGAAAUUAGAUUAGUUACACAUCCUGAUAUAGAAUGCCAUGUUCUUUCUCUAUAGCUGUUCGAUGAAGAUAACCCUGUACACAGAACUGGUAAUAAGUAUCUUUUCACUACUGAGGGACAUUUGGUUCCACUUGAUCCUCGUUUUAGAAAGACACCUUGGCACGAGUUCUUUCAUCAAGAAGACAAAACUCAAAGAAGCUUGCAGAAACUGUCUCAGACCAGGCUCCGUACUGCUAACUCCAGUACCAAUGUGAGUACAAGAUGGGUCUGGGGAAGGAAUGGGGUUGAGGGAGAAGGACUAGGUUUCUAAUUUGAAAUUUAGGAGCACAUAAUGUACAUAUGUGUUUGAUAGUGUAGAGUCAAGUAUCUAACAUGUACUCCCUUACAGACGGCACCCUACAUUUAGAAUUUUACUCACACAAACCAAAAUUGUUCUCAGGCUUAUAUAUUUUGUCAGAACUAGGGAUAUAUUGACACUUUUAAUUUGGCCAUUUUACAAAAAAAUAAAUAAAAGAACCUAAAUUGUGCUCUGCUAUGAAAAGAAAACUGUACGUCUGCCAGGUAUCUGUGAAAUGAAAGACCUGUCAAUUUGUUCUUUUUGGGAGUUUUGGCAUAUUAAUUUGCCUCUGUCUCAUUUUGUAGCAUUGUAGCAGCACAUUGAUUAAAAAUAGACCGAUAAUAUUGAUGCUGCUCUGUAGAGGUAAUUGCAUUGCUUUUAAAGGGCAAACUAUUUUUUGUUCCCCUAACACUUUUUGUUCUUUGUUUAGUGUAAUAGAGUGCCUGAAGAACGAAGAUUUUCACUUCCAUUGAAGAGUGUUUAUAUGAGACAAAUUGAUCAGAUGGUGGGAGUCGUAUGACCUUCGUGAGCUGGGGCUGGCCCAGCCCCUACACUUAGGCAUCCAGUUAUCCAGAUCUAAAAGGACCCUGGUAUUUCCAAAUGUUACAAGACCGCAAUGUCGGAGGAUGAAGUUUUGCCAAGGGCAAAUUCUCUGUUUACUGUGGAGCACCUUCUUUAUUUCUUGCACAGGGUUGCAUCAUUUUUUAGGACUAUCAUUGUAAAUAAAUAAAAGCCUCAGGGACUGUGCAAGGAUUCAUACACACCAUUAAGUGUCUUCCAUGCCUGAAGCACCUUUUUAAUGUUUUGCUUUUGUCAGCACUAGUACAGAAGCAAUUGAAGAUCCUAUCUUAAUGGACAGUGAUGCAUGUUGGCUCAUUUAGCCCACACUUUGUACUGUGAAAAUUACUUUUCAAAAGCAUGGUCCGUGCUGUGUCACGUGUUCUAUAAAAGCAGAGGAUAUAUUUUCAUUUUAUAUCUCGCCAAACUCAUCUGUAGCCAGUCCCAGUGCUGGCAUGACUGAAUUGAGUUAAACCUAAUGGUUAUACUCAUUAUUUUUUUAAAUUUUAUUUUAUUUCUUCACUCAUUAGAAGACUGUCUUUAAUUUGCCAAAAUUCAUAACAUAAAUGCUUAAUCCAAAGUGGAUCCUAAAUUAAAAUACGCAUUUAGUGAAGUUCAGAUAUUCAGACAUAAAGGUGUGGAAUUUUGUUUUUAAUUCCUCCCCAGUUGUAUUUAUAGCGCAAGUCUCAUUUUUACAGCAGAUCAUGGCUUCCAUAACUUCUUCUUAUCUGGGAAUGUUCUAGUCAGUGAACAUAAUUUGAAUUCUAUCUGUAUUCUGAUUAGUUGAAAGUGCCAGUGAGAAUACUUCUUUAACACAAAAUGGCCGCGUUGGGUUUAAUGUUCUGCAAGCAGCUUUGGCUUUCUCUAAAUCCAUGUCUUCUAGCAGGACUAAAAAUCAAACAACUGUCAAGUUCCACAACUUUUACAUGCAUAUCUGAACUUGUGUGUGUCUUUUCAUGGAAAGAUUUAUAUUUUGGCAUUACUCUCUUUAAAGUGGCUCUGUCACCUCCCCAGUAGGGACUACUUGGUCUUAUGUGUUUUUUCUACGCUUGACAAAAGGUGGAGCUACCUUUUGACAAGCUCUGAGGCAGUGGAAUCCUCCAUAGCUAUCAGUGUUGUAAUUUUGUGCGUGUACAGCGCUGACGAUGGCUCCUGUCAGAUGAAACACCAGGAGGUGAAGAGGAUCUCAUGGCAAGAGGGCCAUGAGGGACAGGUUCAGGUAAGUUAAAAAAAACUACCUUCCCCUGCCCCCCAUGGUCACCCGAACGCAAACCAAAUAGUCCCCAUCUGGAUCUUUAUAAAAUAUGCAAAAACCCCAGAGGAUGGCAGAGCUCUAAAGUGCAUAAGCCAGUUUUAUAGUACCUUUUUUUUUUUCCUUGGUUAGUAGCCAUGAAGUUGUUCCAUGUUUUGGACUUGAUGCUGUAUUGCCUGUGUGCAUCAUCUUCUUUAUAUAAACGAGUCAGUGCCUUAACAACAAAUUUUUAUUCACGCUAGUGACACCUAUGCAAGUGCUACUUUACAACCACAAUCGUUUGCAUAGGCGCAUCAUGCAUUUUUUUUUUGUUUUGUUAAAAUCAUGGCUUUUUUAAAUCUUUAAGACCAUUGUUUUGUUUUAACUUAAAAUACAACUGACUGGCAGCUCUAUGUGCUGGUCAUUGAGUUUACCCAAUUGUCGGAAAUGCUGCAUUCGUGGGAAGGUUGUGUCUGCAAACUGUUCUGUGAUCGUAUGUUUGAAAAGUGUCUAUCCCACUUCAGAGACUGCCUGUGGAAAUCACACAAAAAGUAUUCAGGGAUUAUUUUCUAUUUUAUAAAUAUUCUGACAAAUUAUUUUUUUGUUAUGUAAUCCAGAGACCUUUAUUGAAAUAAAUAAUGUAUUUUGAGUCUUUAACUGUCUGACUAUUUUAGGUAUUUGAUUACACCUCUGUUGGUUUUAAUUGGAUGCUAAUAUAGGUUGGGUGGAGAUUCAUUGUGUUAAGAUAUGUUUAAUGCAACUAAGCGACAUUUUAAAUGUUUAAAUUGCUCUAGGCUGGGGGGGGGGGGGCAUGAUGGUUUCUCAAUAUGUGGUUUGGAAACCACUGCUUUUCACCUUUUUUUUUUAAACCAGGGUUUAAUCAGACAAUCAUGAAGGCUAAAGAGGGCAUAGACUUUUGGUCGAAUGUAAAGGACAUCUCAGGACUGCAGCUGGUAUAUUCAUUAAAAUUUAGACUGGAUAAAUGCUGCACACAGGUUUAGUAAAGAAUUUGUUUUGGCAGCUGGAAGAAUGGGGGGUGGGAGUGAGAGAGGAGAGGGUGGUUAGAUCUCCACAUGUGACCAAAGGUGGAACCCACAGGCAUUUAUGUGGAGGCUUCAAAUUAGUAGGACUGGAAAUUGGGAUGGAACUACCUUUUUAUGAAGAUGGGAGUUCCAGGACUGCAUGGUGACAGGGGUGUGGAUUUAAAUGGAAUUAUAUUAAAAGACCUCAAAGUAGAGAAAAACAUGUAAGGGAUGGGGUAACAUCCUGAAUACUACAGAGUGGAGGCAGUAGGAUGAUAUGCCAACAUCCUCACAGUGUUAAUUUUAACACCUAACCUAUGCAAAAGUAAUUUUAUGUCAAGACACGGAGGCUCAUAUUGCAUAUCCCUUUCUUUACUGUCCACCAAUAGCAGCAAAGAAUACAAACAGUAAGAAAAAACGGUAACCAUAGUGAUAGGUCACUCCCAUAUCAAGUCCCAGUUUAAUAGGCAGCACCUCCCCACCCAAUUCCUCUUUGUUUGGUAGCAGCAGUCUAUUUUUUUCCCUUAUCAUUACUUAUGGUUUUGUCUACUGCUUAUUGUCACUAUUGACAGUAAUUCUCUACCUGUCAAUUUGUACUAUUCACUGGUUAUUCACAGCUUGCAGUUUCUUCAUAUGUUUUGGGGAUUAUUAUGUAGUUUUAUUUGAGCCCAGGGUUCCAGACCCCCCCUUUUUUCCAGCCUUAGCUCUAUAUCUACCUUUCACUUGUAUCCCUUGUAAAGCUCUCGAGCCUUUUUCCUCCCUCCAUUACAUUUUCUCUUAUCUGCCGUUCUGCCUGUCACUUUGGCGCCCUUUGCGCCUAUUCUCGUCAUCCCGUUCGGCAGUUUUUUCUCCUCCUUCAUACUCUAUACUGUUCGGCCAUUCUCACGAAGUCCCCUAUUCGCUAGCUUACCUUAUUCACUUGCCUAUUCGCCGAUUGCCGCGUUCGAAUUUCUAUGCGAACGGCUGCCUAAUUCGCACCUUUCUAUGUUCCCCUCUAUGGCUCCAUAUGUAUUCGUUGUUUUCAGCCGAACGUUCGUUUCUUUUUCUGUUAGAAUUCCGCCGCGAAUCUCGCGAGAUUGCCGGCGGCCAUUUUCUAUCACUCACUCUCCUUGCCACUCCUCGUGGCCUCUACCUAUCUGCCGGUCUGGACCCUGGUGAGCUCCCUAAAUUAUCUCCUAUUAGCAUAACUAGCCUGGGGUGAUUAACUCCUGCUAGUUGAGGCUUCCUCUCUCAGUGUAUUCUUAUUUAAUUCACUCAGCAGCUUAUAUUACCAUAUAUAAAUUUUUUUUUACUUGUGUCUCUGGGUUACUUAAUAUAGUCAUUAUGCCUAAAUCUAAAGGGUCUGCUACCCCACUUCCCCUUGGGGAUAUGGAUGUACCCCGUGAGCUGGAUAACCCUAACUCUGCCAGCUCGGCCCCCCCAUCCUCUGCGGGUGACCCUAUGUCGGUGCCUGAUGAUGCCCAGGCCCUAGCACUGCAACGUUCCGUUACAGACGCUAUUAUGGCCGCCAUGGGCUCUAUGUCCUUUCCCAAACUAUCUCAGGCCUUACUGGCACGCCCUCUGCCCGCAGAAGCAUCCGCCUCGCCAACGCGCUUUAGCGUGUUCCUCUUUGAACCCCUCAGGGGACAUCCCUAGAAAGGCCAAGACUAAAUCUAGACACCUAAGCCCCCCCGCCUCCAGAAACAUUAAGACUGGUGUGAAAAUAUCCACCCAUGACAGCGUGCCUAUGUCACGCAAGAGAGCCUUUCCGCGCCAGGCAGAACGGGCACGGGACUGAAAAUGUGCCAGAGCACAUGCAAAGAGCGACUCCGACUCAGAAAUCGGGUCUUGUGAGGAGGCUGGAGAUGAGUCCUUAGAUGACUCCAAUGAUAAGACUGGCGGGCGGGACAAUGACCCUUUUGCUCCUGCCCUAUCAGGGUUGGUAAUUAGUGGCUCGCGCAGCGACUCCCCCGCUACCGUGGGUUCAACCCUCAUGGACCCGUCUGGGGAACCUAUGUUUGAUCCGGAUGCUCUCCAUCAUCCGAGGUCAGCAGAAUGGCUCCCAGCCACCCAUGUAGCCAAGUACCUGGAGAACUGGGUACGGCGCCCUCUUAGUAAGGCGGCGCGCAACAAGCUCAGGGCAGAAUGUCCUAGGCCUUUGAUUCUCAAUAAAGUCUGCGAGACUCCCAUUGUAGACCCAAAAAUGACAGUUUCUUAACAAAAUGGGUUGGAAUCCCCGUAAGGGCUUGGACUCAGCAUUAAAGUCCUGCCAGGACAAACACCUGGACAUUUUCGGCCCCUUGGCUAAAUAAUUUGACCUGGCCGAACUAGCCAGAACGGAAAACAGGCAGGUUGACCCGGAAGAACUCCGUGGUUAGGUGCAGAGGGCAAUCUGCAUAGCAGGCAGCGUAAACACUUCCCUGUCCAUAGAGGGGCAUAAAGCCAUCCUCUUCAAAAUUGGCCAACCUCGCCCUCACUGAAGCGGGCAAAGAUGCCCAAGGCCUAUUAUUCGGAGACUCCUUUAUCAAGGAUUUGGGACGCUUUGUAGGUGCUUUCACAACCCUAGACAAGGCCCAGUCCUCCAUCAAGAGGGUAUUUCAGGGACGGGUCUCUACCAGGGCCGGCAGAUUCAGGGGCCGUCUGUCCGGCCGGUCAAAUUUCAACUCCCGAGGAUCGGGACGAGGCUCCUAUAAUCAGAGACCACCUUAUCAGGACACGAGACACCAGUCCCCCUUCUUCCCAUCUCGUGGAAGACCAUGGCGCUCUAGAGGCUUCAGAGGGAACCCCGGUUCCAGACGCCCUUACGGUAAGACUACACCUACCUCAUGUUUUUUUCCAAUAUCUGUGUAGGGGGCAGACUCCGUCAUUUUUUCCAUGCCUGGUUAGACAUCACCUCAGAUUCCUGGGUUCUGGCCACUGUGAGGGGGUUUCACAUAGAAUUGGUAGACACCCCGUGUCAUAUUCCUCCCCCUCACCCUAUGGUACUUUCAAGGGCAAACCGAGCCUUAAUAGACGAGGAGCUAUUGUCACUCCGCACAAAGGGAGCGAUAGCACGAGCUCCGAUGCCCCAUACUGGUGUUCUCAGCAACAUCUUCCUUGUGGAAAAGAAAGGCGGUCAGAUGCGCCCUGUUAUCAACCUUUGGGCCCUAAACUCCAUAGUGCGCUACCGCCACUUCAAGAUGGAGGGCAUCCAUCUCCUACGCGGAGACUGGAUGGCGAAAUUAGACCUCAAAGAUGCUUACCUGACAGUCCCGGUGACAGUCGUCCAGGGACUUACUACGAUUCCUCUGGAAAGGCGAAACGUGGCGAUUCACAUGCCUCCCUUUCGGGCUCUCGUCAGCUCCGUGGUGCUUCACCAAGUUGAUGCGACCUGCCAUGGCUUGGCUGCGCAGUCGAGGGGUAAGACUGAUAGUCUAUUUGGACGACAUCAUCCUCAUGGCACAAGAUCGGGGGGUCCUCCUAGAACACCUACAAUGGACGAUGGACCUACUAUGUCGGCUGGGCUUCCUGCUCAAUGGGGAAAAAUCCUGCCUAUCCCCUUCCCGACACAUGGGGUUCCUAGGAUUCACGGUGGACUCUGAAGCGGAGUUUCUCAGUCUCCCUCCGGCCAAAAUACGCUCAAUCCGCAAGGAACUGCGACGCGCCCUAGCGCGCCACCAGCUGUCGCUGCGGCACCUGGCACGACUAAUUGGCCUACUGGCCUCCUCUAUCCAGGCAGUGUUCCCAGCCCUGCUCCAUUAUCGGGCCCUCCAACAUCUGAAGAUAGCACAUCUUCGCAAAGGGCCCUCAUAUUCAGAUUUGGUCUCCCUGGACUCGGAAUCAAGACGAGAUGACCUGGUGGAUCCACAACCUAUCCGCCUGGAAUGGCAAGGCCAUCUUCAGCUCACAACCGGAAUUCACAGUGGACUCAGACGCAAGUCUCCAUGGUUGGGGCGCCCACUGCAAUGGUGUCUGGGGGUCACUGGACAGAAGCCAAGUCCCGGCUCCACAUCAAUGCCCUGGAACUACUAGCCGGUUCCUUUGCGAUCCGGAGUUUUGUGAACGGGAUGGCCAGUGCGUGCAUCAGGCUGCGCAUGGACAACAUCUCAGCAGUUCGUUAUGUCAACCACCUGGGCGGCACACGCUCAGCGAGGCUGGCCCAUUUGGCGAAAGAUUUCUGGACCUAUUGUUUAGCCAGGGACCUGAUGGUCCAGGCGGAAUACCUCCCCAGUCUUCACAAUACCCAUGCGGAUUGGAGCUCAUGCUAUCUAUCAGACAGCAGCGAUUGGAAAUUGGAUACAGAGGCGUUCUCCACUAUCUCGUCCCUUUGGGGGACCCUUGGCCAUCAACCUCUUCGCUUCUAGGCUCAACGCCCAACUACCCCGGUUCUACAGCUGGCGCCCAGACCUGGCCGCGGAAGCAAUGGACGCCUUCCUGCAAGACUGGUCCGGCGCACUCCUUUACGCUUUUCCUCCAUUUGCCAUGAUCCCCCGAGUGCUACUCCAAGUACGACACCAGAUGGCGGACUUGGUCCUGCUAACCCCAUUCUGGGGUACCCACAACUCCUGGAACUGGCAAUAGACGUUCCCGCACUUCUGCCAUCCCACCGGGACCUUCUGCUGAACCCUUUGGGCCAACAAUGUGGCGGAACCAGCCUCGCCACUGGGCAUUGGAGAAGACUGAUUGCCAGCCUCCUGCCAUGUGACCAUGGCCCCUGGGAUGUAUUGCCUUCUCUCCUGUACUGCUGAGGAUUGCUACCAACUAGAUGGAUUUGGCUAUGGAACUUGUGUAGUGCCCUCUGUUGCACUACCUGAAUAGCAAGACUGGUAAUUUGCAUAUUCGGGUAGAUUUGCAUAUUGCUAAUUCUACAUGCAGGAGAGACAUUUUGUGUUAAUUAUGGUCUUCCCCACCCAUUUAUAAAUAUCUAAUUAUGUUAUAAUAAGUCACUGUAUGUUGCCUGCUAUGAUUUGAUUGUUUGUAAUUUUAUUAAGUUUUCACAGCAAUGUUAAUGUAAUGACCAUAUGGGCUAGUCCCAAGUAAAAUAAAGUUUUAGACAGUUCUACUUCACCCUCAAUUUGGAGUCCUGUCUCUUAUUGGGGGAAUCUGCUACAAGGGAUUGCUAUGCUCUGCAUAUUCCCUUGCUAUAAUCACUCCUAAGCUCUUUUAAGAGCUUGUUUCUGCUUUGCUCGGAAGGAAGAGAGGUUCUGCCUGCGGUGGUUGUGGUGUCGACUAGAGUGCUUGGAGCCCUCAAGAAGCACUAGGAGCAUCCAUCAACGGAGGUACCCCGUUGGGGUGCCAGGUGGUCCGUUACAAACAACAUCCCCUCCUACUGGACUGAUCGUUACGGCUACUCGCAUGGAGGGUCUCUGGGAAGUCCAAGGCGUUUCGGACACGACUCGACGCCUCCUGGCAGAUGUAUGGGCUCCCGGCACUAGACGCUCAUAUGGGACCACUUGGAAAGCUUGGACUGGAUCCCGUGGCGGCUCCUGUGAUGGCGAUACUCCAGUUCCUCACAUCAUUAUUCGAAGCGGGUCGAGCAUACCGCACGAUUAACCUAUACAGAUCAGCCAUCUCCUCAGCUCAUCAGGGUUUCAACGGCUGCCGAGCAGGCCAACACCCCUUGGUGUGCCACUUAAGGGUUCACGCCUGUCGCGUCCCCCCAGACCUCGAUACACAGCCACAUGGGACAUCCCCUGCGUCCGAUCACUGUUUUCCUCUUGGCCGCCCAAUUCGGACCUCUCCCUGCAACAACUCUCGGCCAAGUUGGUAUCCCUGUUCUGCCUUAUUUCGUGCAAACGAGUCUCAGAGGUCCGGGCCCUGGACCACGAUGCGAGAUCUUUCACCCCGGCCGGGUGACAUUUAAUAUCUCCAGAAGGACUAAGACGGCCAUACGUUCAGUCUCGUAUCAGAAUUUUCCAACUACCCCUAUGUUGUGCCCAGUGACCUGUUUGAAAGAAUACGAACUUCGGACGAAUGCCCAUUGGUCGGCUUCAACCCCUCAACUCUUCCGCUCGAUUCGUCAGCCCUUCGCCCCAGUAUCCAGCACGACUCUGGCUCGUUUGGUGAAGUGGGUAAUGUUGCAGGCGGGUGUGGACACAUCAAUUUUUAGCGCCCACUCCACACGAGGGGCUUCAGCCACUAAUAUGGCUUCUUCGGGGGCAUGCCUGGAAGACCUUAUGAGAAUGGCGGACUGGUCCAGAGAAUCCACCUUCAAGGAAUUCUACUUUCGGCCUCAGCCACACGUUUUCUCGUCGGUGAUUGCUCAGCUUUAAACUUGCAAUAUGAGCCUCCGUGUCUUGACAUAAAAUUACAUGAUUUUGCUAUUUCAUGACGAAAAGUCAUGAUUUUAUGAAAGACACGGAGGCGAGUAUUGCCCCUGCCUUUAACUUAUUUGUAUAACUUCUUUCCCCCCCUGUUAUAUUUUCGUCCUAGGGCGGUAAGUAUGGCAUUGCGCUCCAUCACGUAUGAAAAUAAACGUACAAAUAAAAUUGAUAUUCAAAACAGCCUUCUAGUGCAGAUUAUGUGUAUAUAGGUAU